AUGUCAUUCCUCGACAGUUGCUCACCGGACGAGGUCGAUUUUCUAGCCCAGUUAGCUGACCUUGAAAAUUGCGUCGAUAUGAGCUCCUUCACUUGGACACCACAAGAUAAUCCCUCGGUAGUCGGUGAUCACAGCCUGCCGCAACAUCGCACCGGUGGAUCGACAUAUGAAAUCGGCGGCCCGGAGAUCGCCAUUAAUGUGGGGUAUCUAUGCCCAGACAAUUUUCGACUUCCUGCGGACUACGUCCUGGAACUAGAAGGCCCGGGAACCGUGCCCAUAUAUCGAUUAGAAACAUAUGCCAGGCUCUUCUUCGCCCAUUUCCACCCUUUCUUUCCUAUACUGCACAUUCCGACCUUCUGCUUGGCCUUGUCCCCCGCGGUGCUUGUCAGAGCGGUCUGUUUCAUAGGAGCUGGGUUUGAAAAUGGUGCAACAUCGAAAUCAGAUGCGAGGCUUAUUCAUGGGUCCCUAUCAUCCCUACUCGCCAAAUGCUGUCUUCAUUGCGACAAAACGUCCCCGAAACUUGAAGAGCUUCAAGCCGUAGUGCUUUUCCAGCUUGCAAGUAUGGCAAACGGGGAAAGUGCAGCGGAACGCGCUGCGUCGCGGCUCCUACACCCACUCCUUGUCGCAACCAUACGGCAAGCAGGGCUUCUCAAAAUCCAUGAAAAAGAGUGCAAGAAGAGAGUGCUUUGGGGCGUCUUCACAGUGGAUUGCUAUCAAUCCGUUCUAUGUGGCAGUAAGCCACUUCUUCUACCGACAGAUACACGCGCCUCUUUUCCCUGUGAUGAUCAAAGCUGGAACGCUUGUUCCGCCUCAUUGUGGGCUGCGCUCCCAGCGCAAGAUCCGUCUAGCUGUUUCUUGUCCUCUGUCAAGGGGCUCAUGGUCAGACAGUCUCCAUCGGAGUCAAAUCUAACCAAAUUCGGCAUGAAUCUGUUGAUUUUGGCAAUUCACUCACUGCUGCUGGAAGCUCAAACUUCACUACUUCCCGUUGAUCUGUCUGCCCUAGAGGGGGCAUUGCAAACAUGGCAUAUGUCGUGGGAGCAGUUUCGAGGACGAUCCCAGCACCAGUAUGAAUUGAGUGCGGGAAACCUCCUUAUUGCAAAUAGUCUCUCACUGUAUUAUCUGGCAUCCCACUUUCUGAGAAAUGGGCGUCCGGUACUAAAUGAGAGAGCUUAUUUGGAGAAGUCGAGGGUUUCAGGCAAUCCAUUUAUAAUCAGGGAGCAGGGUUAUCAGGAUGAAAUGACGAGAUGCGUUCGAGAAAUGCUUGUUGAGUUUCAGGAGGGAGAGAAUGCAAUGGCGAUGCUUUUAUAG